AUGAAUUUUGCUACAAAAUUAGGUAACGACACAAGUUCAAACAAUAUCAAGGAAAUUGGAUAUAGCGAGGAGCGUACGCUACCUCGGGCGGAGGAAGGCGGAUUGGGUGCUGAGUACGCUGGACCAACACGCCUACUCUCCGGCACCAGCGUGGGUCCCCUGGAAUUCAAAGAGCCUCGAUACUGUGCAGUAGUGAGGGAGGAUGCUCACCUGGCCGAUCCCGUGACGGCGGUCGUAGCUGUACACAAGGCUGGUGAGGACGUACGGUACACCAUCACAGGAGGUAACAAGGAUGGCUUGUUCACCAUCAACCAGAGCACCGGGGUCAUCACACUGGCCGCUACCUUGGACUAUGAGAUUCAUCAUAAGCACAGGCUGGUGGUGGCUGCCGAGGGAGGUGGCGAAGUGGUCCACACAUUGGUGAAGGUGUUGGUAGCUGAUGUCAACGACAACUCUCCUUAUUUCCUACGACCCAACCCACAGGUCACAGUCAUCGAGGAGGAUGAUCGCGACUUACCGCUGGUUAUCGCGAAGGUUGAGGCUCGGGACGAGGAUGAGCUUGACACAGAAGGGCUCGCUUAUAGCCUACAGGGAGACGGCGUUGAUGGGUACGCCACUAAUGACGCCUUCUUCGCAAUCAAUUCCCGUAAUGGGGAGCUGAUUCAGCUCAGGGCGCUGGAUCGUGAUCCACCGAAUGGCAAGGGUGUCUGGAAGGUGAGGGUUCAGGUAAUGGACGGGCAAGCUCCCUGGACGCGUCUGAGGAGAAGCACUGGUCAACACGUCUCCUCUAACUCCCUCGCCAGACACCCCAGUGCAGUAGCUACAAAGCCAGCAGAAGCACCAGGAGAAACAGCAGAAGCAACACCAGCACCACUACCAGAACCAGCAGAAGUAGUAGCAGUAGUAGAAUCACCAGCUGCAGAAGCACCAGUAACAGCAACAGCACCAGCAGCAUCAGAAGAAGAACGAGGAUUACUUCUAGGGUAUACAGCCACAGAUUCACGUACUCUACCUAGAGACAAGAGAGAUAUCAGCCAAAACAAACGAAAACAUACGGAAACGGAAACUAAAAUCCCGUACGGGAAAGAAGGCAGUCAUGACCUUAGUACACAAAGAACUGUCUGGUCCAGAGCCUAUCUCAAUCAGAGAGACAAUGAAAUGUUCAGAAAUCAAUACCACACUCCUUACCACGACGAUAAACUAGUAUCGCGGAAUUCCCAGACCAGGAAAAGAAGUGUCAGAACGGACGAUGAUGAUAAAUUACGAACCAAUAGGCCACCGGGGACGGUGUCCGUGAUUCUGUCUGAGCAAAGCCGUAAAUCACAAGCAAUGGACUCUGGCAGCCACAAAGACAGGCCGUUGAGGAUUAAGGAACACCCCAAAGAUGACCUCUACGGCCUUUCUUGGUCAUAUAACAAACGUGAACGACAACUUUUAAGACAGAUACGGGAUGAGUUUCCGCCCUCCAGGUUUUAUAGAGCACCGGAAGACGGUAACCAACACACGCGACGAGGGAAAAAAUCUCGGGGAAAAGAUUGGUUUCCUGUUGGAUAUCUGUCCACAUCUGAUGUCAAAGGCAAGUACAGAGGCCGGCCGAGUGUUCACUUCAAGCCCUGGUUGUCUGGACGCUCGUCGGCCAAAGUCAAAAGGUGGAGUCGGAGAUUCUUGCAUCCUCAUUUAGGACAUAAAAAAGAAAAUUAUUUCAGACGAUCGUUGGAUAUCCUGCGAAUCAAAGAAAUUUCCAGUAUUCUGCCGAUCGUUACUGAGAUAAAUAGGACACAAGUUUCCGAAUUUGUAUAUAAACAUUUUUUAGAUUUCCAAAACAGAUCGUUGGGAUAUAUGGAUACCAAGAAUAUUGCUUCAGGUACGAAACUAAUUCAGAAGUUAACUGAGUUGGUUAAAGACACAAAGGAAAAUACUUUAUUUAUACCAAAAAAUGUAGGCAUUUCGAUCACUCACAGAGACCCGUUUUCUAUAUUUUAUGAAAAGAAUACCUAUGACUCACAUUCUAUACACUCUCAGGAAUCCACGGAGAAUCUCUACGAGGUAAUUACAGAAUUUCAAAAUCCCUCUGAAGUGCCAUCAACAACAUCAGAGACAACAAUGAGACCAUCCUCAGCGGGUCAUAAAGUUUCACCCAGACUAGAGGCAACCGAUGGAAAAAAUGAUGAGGGUCACACUGAAACCAGCCAGGUAGACACUCCUUUCUGGUCAGUGGGAAACCCUAGUGAGAACUUCAGAGGCGUCAGCGCACCAAGAAGGAAUAUGCAUUCCAGCCCCAACACUUCCAGAAGACGAAACAUAGCCUCUUCCAGCUCUUGGUUCUCCCGAGGAGGCAAAAGCGAGGAUUCGUGGGCGAGGUCCACCUCUUCGAAGACAAUGUAUACCCUAAGGAGAAAAAGGAACACGGGUUCUACCUUUUACGUCAAUGACGAGUUCGGUAGAAACCUCGUCGAUGACGAGGAUGAUGGAUUCUGUGAGAACCUUGAUCAGUACGAGAGAAACCUGCAGACGAAGGAAAUGACAGAUCCAGCCAACACCGAAAGGACGUGGGUUGACGGGAAGAAUGGCGGACAGGUGCAUACAAUAGAGACGGUGGUGACUGUGGUGGUGAAGGACAUCAACGACAACGCUCCUACCUUCCCCAACUCCACCAUGUUUGGUGAGGUGCAAGAAAAUGGUCCCAUAGACCUGUCCGUGGCUGUGGUGUCAGCCUGGGACGCUGACGACGCCAGCGAAGGCACGAACGCCAGACUUACUUACUCCAUCGAGAAGAACGUCAUAGACGAACGUACCGGGGAGGCGAUCUUCGCCGUUCACCCGGAAACAGGUCUGGUGAGGACCUCUCUCUGCUGCCUAGACCGGGAGACAACGCCAGAGUACAACAUCCAGGUUGUGGCCUCUGACGGAGGAGGUCUAAAAGGUACGGGAACGGUGGUGAUCAGGCUGGCUGACGUGAAUGACAACUCUCCGAGGCUCGCCAGACAGCUGUGGGAUCUGAAGGUGGAGGAGACCUGGGGAGACCAGCCCCCCAGCAACACCACCAUCCUGGAGAUCACCGCUGCAGAUAGAGACACGGCUAACUAUUUCUAUUACAGGGUGGUGGAGUCGAGUGGGUGGGGUUGGCAGCACUUCGGGGUACGGACGGUGGGCUCCGUGGGUCAACUUUACGCCCGGAAGACACUCGACUACGAGGACGAGAGACACCGGCGAGGCUUCAAGUUUAUGGUGCAAGUCACUGACAGGGGUAGGGGAGGCUGGAAGGACCCCCGCCACCUGGACAGCGCCUGGGUGUCCGUCAAGCUACGAGACCUGAACGACAACGCCCCCAGCUUUUCACGCCCACACGCCCACAUCACCGUCAGGGAGGAUGCAGCUCCUGGCACCCUCCUAGCCACACUCCACGCCCACGAUCCAGAUAUGGCUGGGCAGCAGCAGGUGAUCUACCAGGUGGUGGGUGGUUUCGGGGGCGCGCUGAGGGUGGGCGUGGACGGGGGCGUGACGCUCUGGCGCCCCCUCGACCGCGAGGCCCCGGAGGGUGACACGGGUGUGGCCAGGGUCAUCGCAGUGGACGGGGGGCGCCCGCCCCUCACUUCCACCGCCACCCUCACCAUCACCGUUGCCGACGUCAACGACUGCGCCCCCCGCCUCCUGCCGCCCACGGUACUGCACGUGGUAGAGGGGGCACCGCCCAUGUUGCUAGGCGUGCUGACGGCCACUGACUACGACGUGUGGGCCCUGGGCCACGGCCCACCGUUCAACCUCACCCUGGACCCCUCCAACCCUCCCCACGUCACCGCCCUCGUCAAGCUCAAGUACGACCCUCACCUGGACAGCGGUCGUGGCGGUGCUGAGUUGUGGACAACACGAGCGGCUGACAGGGAGGAACACUCCCUCCUGGAGGUGCAGGUGAGGGUGAGUGAUGCUGGGGGAGUGGCAGCCACUCACACGGUCACCGUCAUCAUCGACGACAUCAACGACAACCCCAUGAAACCUGCCUCCAAGACCGUCUACCUCUGGAAGACGCAGGGUGGUGGAGGGUCGAAGGCUCCCCUGGGGCGGGUGUACGUGGAAGACCCUGACGACUGGGACCUGGAGGACAAGACUUUCCAGUGGGUGGGACCCCCGCAUCCUCUCUUCUCCCUCAACACUAACGACGGGACUAUCUUCGCUUCCAGCCAGCUUAGAGAGGGAAGGUAUGACCUGCACUUCAGCGUCAGCGAUAGGGUGUGGCGUCAGCGAGGUGUGUCAGCCAAUGUGACCGUGGCUGUCAGACUGCUCUCCCAGGAGUCCCUCGCCCACGCUGCUCCCAUUACACUCACGCCCACCACGCCCACGGCCCUCACCAGGGGCUGGACACCCACGCAAGGUGGAGGGGGUCUUGGUGGCCUUGUGGAGGGGGUGCUCCGUGUGGUGGGGAAGAGAACCCACACCGUGGAGGUGGUUAGUGUGUAUGGUCACCCUACCACCCCCACUACAACCACAACCACCCCUUCCUACCACACACACCGCUACCACCAUCACCACCACCACCACCACCCACACGCCGGCUACCCUACGCCCGCAGCCGCUCCCGCCCGCGGCUCCGAGGGUCAGAGCAGAAAGAUGCCGCUGCGCCUGCCUGACCCCGUGCCUCCGUCUGCGUGUGUGUGGGUCAGCGUCAGAGAUGUCAGAGGCGCCUUCAUGGACCCCGUCAAGUUACAUGGUCUGCUGGGUCUCCAUUCGCAGCAGCUGGAAGAGACGACGAAACUGAAGGUAGUGCUAGAGUCGUCAGGGAUCUCUGGGCGGCGACGCCCCGAGGAACUACAGCGACCUGACCUCCACCACGACCUCCAGCACCUUCUCCAUGACCUCCAGCAGGGCGAGGACGGUGACCCUUCCUCCGCUGCCUCCCUCGCAUCCACCGCCUUACCUCUUCAGGUGGUAGACACCAAUGCUACGUCCCUGGUCACCCCGCGCCUCACCCGCGCCCACGCCUGCCACGCCCAUGAGCCUGAGACCUGUACACCCACCUCCUGCCUCAACGGAGGCCGCUGCCUCAGAUUCUCCAGUGGCAACAGGUGUGUGUGUCCUGGAGGGUCGAAGGGGUGGCAAUGUAAGGUCCUGGCCCGCACCUUCACCGGGUCAGGGUGGGUGUGGGUCCGCCCACUCCCACCCUGUCUCCCCACCACCAUCUCCCUCCGCCUCCUCACUCGCCAACCCAACGCCCUAAUUCUGUACUCGGGUCCCCUGGCGCCCACGCAGAAGCCAGCGGGCGCCUCCACGCCCAUGCUCGCCCUCCAGCUCAAGUAUGGUCGCCCGCAGGUGCUGUUUGAAGGGGGCGUCGUGCCCUUAAAACUGGAGGUAAACACAACGGUUCACGACGGUGACUGGCACACGCUUCACGUCAGUUUUGAUGCGCAGGGCGUGGCUCUCAUGGUGGACCUAUGUGGGCGUGGGUGGGAGCAGGACGCCCACGACGACGCCCACUGCAUCGCCCGGGCGGACUGGACUCUUCUUACUGGGCAGGAAGGGUGGCUGCGUACAGGUCCUCUGCAGGUGGGUGGUAUAGCCCACUCCCCGCCCACCGCCCACGACCAUGGGUGGGGGGAGGCGCCCACAGCCCGCCCACUCCAUGGCUGCAUCUCACACCUCACCCUCAAUGGUCAGCUGGUGGACCUGGGAGAACCAGCCUACAGCAGCGGCAGCAGCGUGGGCGGCUGCCACCCACAGGAGUGGGCGUGCCCGGGUGGCUGUGGAGUGCGGGGGGAGUGCGUGGGCGGCCUGACGCACCCAGAGUGCCAGUGUGAGCCUGGGUGGGGAGGGGCAGACUGUGGCACCCCUACAGUGCCAGCCUCCCUGGGGAAGGCAUCCUACGUCAAGGUGGCACUCUCCUUCACGCCCGCACCCAGGGUGCUGAAGGUACAACUUCGAGUGAGGACCAGAGGGGCGAAACAUGGCCUGCUGCUCCACCUGGCUGCCCACCAUCACUCAGCUGCCUUCAUGUUGCACCUCCGAUCUAGCGUGGCCUGCGCGUCCUUAACGGGGUCGGAGUGGACGCCCAUGGCAGCUUGCGUGGAGGGUCGUCCCCUGGGCGACGGGUCGUGGCACACCGUUGUGGCGGAGCGUCACGGCGACAAUUUACUGGUUAGCGUGGACGACGGUGACGGAUGGCGUCGCAACGAGUCGCUGGCGUCGUUGCUGGCGGCGAGGGAGGGCGGACGUGGACGUGCGAGGGCGCCGCCCACGGCCCUCAACAUCGACAAGCAUGACGGGGUGACUGUGGGCGGACUGCCGGAGUUCCUGGGCGUCGAACUGGUGGGGAUACGAGACGACUUGACUGAAGCUUGCGUGGACGACCUGCGGGUGUCAGGCCGCCACCUGCCGCUGCCACCUGCCAUCAACGGCACCAGCUGGGGCCAGGUGACCACCCUGCAGCACCUGGAGCAAGGCUGUGAGGCCCCCGAUGCCUGCAUAAACACCACCUGUGCUAAACCUCUUACCUGCACCACCACCUGGGGCCAAGCCACCUGCAGCUGCGGCCCGGGACGCCAGCUGGUCGACGUGGACCACACCUGCGAGGACGUAGACGAGUGUGUCUGGCAGCCCUGUCUACAUGGAGGCUCCUGCUACAACCUGCGGCCCGGAUACCUGUGUACCUGCGGCCCGGGCUACACGGGGACCCACUGUCAAUGGGCCACAAUUACUACUACGAGUAACUCCCUCACAGCGCCCGUGGUCAUCGCUGCCCUCACAGCCUCUCUAAUCAUUCUACUAGUGGUGGGGUUGGUGGUGUCGCUGCGCCUCCACCGUCACAGGACUAACCUUGGUUUGAGGGAACGAGGCACCGACGUGGGUACUGCACGGAAGGCCGUCGAGGUGGAGGUGAAGAAAGGAAGGCGAAGAGGAGCUGACGAAGACGAAGGAGGAGGAGGAGAAAAGAAAAGAGGAGAGGAACUCCAGGAAGAUGACACUCAUGAAUCGUUUCUGGAAUGCCUAAAGUUCAAAUUACCCAGUUCACAGCCUGCCUUACGGAAGAGAGGAGACAAGACCUCGCCUAGGAGAAAAGGCUCGCCUGCAGAGAGUGUGGUGGGCAGUAGAGGGAGCAGCACUCCUGCUGGUGCUAGUGUGAAGGAUGCUGGUGCUCCUGACCCUCUCCUGCCGCGGGAUGACCUCAGAGCUUACGCUUACGAAGGAGACGGAUCAUCUUCAGGUUCCUUCGCAUCUACCAUAUCAGACUUGAAGGCGGAGAUGGCAGAGGAGGAGUCCACCAUCCUGCCGCUGGUGCCGGAGUUCUUGGAGGUGAUGGACCUUUUAAAGAACCUCCCCGAGGCACCCAAUAAGAGCUUCCGCAGCAGAAGCGACAACGUGAAAAACUCCACUUCUCCCGGUCCACAAGCCACGCCCACGAGUACCGUCUUUGGGAAGACUUCGAGCUCUACAGGCUGCCACGGGGAUUCAGCUGCCGCCACCGCGGCGCUAGGGAAGAACUCAGCAUCUCCUAGCUGCCCAAGAGAACCCCCAGGCCCGAGUAUAGUGUUGGUAAAGGGCUCAGGGUCACCUGGAUGCCCAAGGAACCUAACCACCCCCACUUUAUUACUGGGGAAGGGUGGUUCUGGGUCGCCGGGCGUCCCAAGGGACUCCCCAGCUUCUAGUAUAGUGUUAGUGAAGGGACCAGGGGCAGCCAGCAAGCCCUCCACAGUAAGAACGAGAUUAUCUCACCUCUCACCCAGUAGGUACAAGAGUGAGAGCUCACCUAAAGCCGAUGUUUUGCUACCUAAAGGCGAAGCUGAGGUUUCCACGGUUUGCUGACACCAAGACUGUAUCCCCACCUGCUCGCCGCUCACACAAUUCUGAAGACUGACACCACGACGAAAGAAAGUACUCAAUAUUAUCACCCUCAACUUCAACGGCCAAAAAUUAAUAACAAUAAUUUCGACCUCCGACUCGGGAUGGGAAGAAUUAUAUUCUGAACGUCUCAACAAAAGCUUGUCACAGAUUAUUAAAAAAAAUCGUUCAUAAAAGCUAUUUUCUUCGUAUUUUAAAAUCAGGAAGCAAAAAAAAAACACGAACAUUUUCCUUCCCACUGGAGCAGCAUAUUUUAUGUUUUGCAAUUGGCUUACAUGCUUUUCCCUUUUCCCCUCCCCUGGAGAGCUGCUUACGAGGCCAGGAAGUUGUAAGUUUCCUGGGCGGGUGAGGCGAAGAACACGUCUCGCGGUAAACACGAGUGUCAUGUGGCCAACAUUCUCAGUAUAUACUGGUAAAGUCAGAUAUUUUAUACGUUUAUAGAAUAUCUAUAAUAAAUGGUAUGAAAC